AUGCAAACACUCUUCAAACCAAGCAAUGCAUCAGUAGGCUGUCGCAUUGCUUUUGUUACUAUAUUAGGAAUUCUAUUUUGUUCAACUGGAGUGACAGGUAUAACUUUGUCUAUAAUUGAGUUAUUUCGUGGUCGAUCAAGUUUUGUUCAUUAUGAUGAAAGUCAGGGUGGCUUAAAACUUGAAAAUCCACUCUGGCCAUCAUCAGGUAAAGGCUUUUGGAUUGGUCUAAUAUUGAUAACAACAGGACUUGUUGGUAUAUUAGCAUCUCGAGAAUGGACUCCUCCAGCAAUUGCUGGGUUUACCACAUUGGCUGGUGUAUCAGCUAUUCUAUCAUUCUAUUUAAUGAUUACGUGUAUUUUACCUGUUUAUUAUGAUACAAAAUAUUCUGAUUCAUCGAGACCUAGUUGGCAAUCAGUUGAAUUGACUGUUAAUUCAUUACUGAUUGCUGUCGGAGGAUUUGGUGCUAUCUUAGGUGCAAUAUCAACAUUUAUUGGCAUCUGCUUUGCUGGUUGCUGUGUUAAUCAACGUGAUAUCUAUGGCUAUUCUAAUGAAAUUGAUAGAAUCAAGAUAUUACCAAGAAGAGAACUUCAACAGGAUCUGUUCAGUGCAAGAGUUUGA